GUCAAUGUCAUGAAGACAGAGCAAGAAUACUGCUGUGCUUGUGACCAACUCAUCACCGAUCGCUUUCUACUGAAGGUCAAUGGUCAGUCAUGGCAUGCCCGAUGCCUCAGGUGCUGUGUUUGUCAAGCCAUGCUGGACCGUCAACCAUCUUGUUUUAUUAAGGAAGAUAGUGUGUAUUGUAGAGCAGACUAUACAAGGGAAUUCGGAGCGAAAUGUUGUAAGUGCAGCAGAACAAUUCAGCCAACAGACUGGGUUCGGAGGGCCCGUGAUCUGGUUUAUCACUUGGCAUGUUUUGCCUGUGAUUCUUGUCAAAGGCAGUUGUCGACGGGAGAAGAGUUUGCUUUGUAUGACAGCAGAGUUCUUUGUAAAACUCACUACUUUGAGUUUCUUGACGGAGACAACGGUUCGAACGAUGAGAGCGGAGACAAGGAGGGACAUUACAGGACAAAGACGAAAAGAGUUAGAACAACCUUCACAGAAGAGCAGCUCCAAGUUUUACAAGCCAACUUCAACUUAGAUUCAAACCCUGAUGGGCAAGAUCUUGAACGCAUUGCUCAAAUAACGGGUCUCAGUAAAAGGGUCACUCAGGUGUGGUUUCAAAAUUCAAGAGCUAGGCAGAAAAAAUACCUGACGAAUCAAGCUAACAAAAGCGGCUCAACAAUAUUACCCACUGUGUCGUCGGCUGCUGUGUGUCCUGGAUGUGGGAUGAUGUACUGUUUGUGCUCUAGGUCUUCACUGCGUGUUAACAUGGUCCAGGUAGCAUGACAGUAACUUAGGGACUGUUCGAUGUGAGAAGACAGAAGAAUAGCCGCUUAGACUUCUCAUUAAACCAUUAUAGGAUAUGG